GAUCGAAUCGAGAUGCUACGGCUCGCGUGUUCCCUGAUCUUCUGUCUGCUGGUGCAGCAGUCGUGCGACGCGCGAGAGCCGAGCGUGCGCCGUGCUCGCCGGGAAGCAAAACCGGAAGAUACCAACGGCUAUCAGCUGGUCACAGCGGUGACUUCUGUUUCCGUGACCGACGACGACGUUUCCGACGACCUUGCCGCGGCUGCAUCGGGUCAUCACGGUCAUCACCACGAGUCCGGCGGCGGCAAGAGUCAUCGCUCGGACCACCACGAGGAGCACGGUGCCAAGGGCGAGAAAGGCUACAAGAGCCACCAUCGCCACGACAAAGCCGACAAAGGCGAGCACGACAAGCACCACAACUCCGGUCACCACGAGGAACACGGUGGCGAUAAGAAAGGCCACCAUGACGAGCACGAGAAGUACGGCGAGCACCGCGAAGGAGAGAAGGGGCACAAGGGUGGCAAGUUCGGCGAGAAAAAGGGGCACAAGAAAGGCCACAAGACCAAGGGAUACCAUAACAAGUUCCACAAGGACGAGUACCACAAGGAGCACAAGUUCUACGACGAUUACCACAAAGGUGGACACCAUAAGAAACACGGAGACUUCCAUGGACACCACGAGAAGAAAGAGGGCGAGCACAAGAAGGGUGCGCAUCAGCACUCCGGUUAUCACGAGGACCAUCACGGGAAGAAAGGGCAUCACGAUAAAGGACAUAUCGACGAGCAGCGCAAAGGUCAUCACGGGAAGCACGGGCACGACGAUCAUUACAGCCAUCGUGAUUCGUUUGGAAAGAAAGGUGAUCACCAUUCUGGCAAGAAGUUCGGAUACAGCAAAGGGCACAAAGGUUGAGGAGGCUAGGUCGAGACCGCUACGAUGGACCGCGAAAGACGGAUCUUACCUAGAGCGUUAGAUUCUAAACGUUUGAUCGAUGCGAAUGUCUCGAGUCCGAUUUCGCGACACGGCUACGUUACGAAUCGAUGUUGAGCGAUUUGCGCAGCCAGAUGAUUGUUGUUAGCUGGUUAAGAGAAGAAUAAUAAAUGAAGAUUUUUAUAACACGGAACGGUCGUUGCGCCUCUCGAACCUAUUUUCUGAUGCGUGAAACGGGCCUGCCAACAACGUUUCUUCCGACGCUCCCGCGUCAUUAUUUAUGUAACGCUGCUUUUACUUUGGACAUUGUAUCUAGCGUGCAGCGUAUCCGCAAUCUACCACGAUACUUGUGUAAUGGAACGUUCUUUACGCUGCUCUUCGCGUCUAGCGCCUCAAAUAUUUCACAGCUGUCAGUCUUAAGUUUUUCCGAAGCGGCGACGGAAUAAUGUAUCGCGAAUCCAUGUAUUAUGCCCGUCUCUGUAUAAAUACAUUAUUUACACGAACA